AUGCAGAAAGUCAAGGCCAGACUGCCGUCAUGGGACACUACAAAGACGACAAGCAAGAAGGGCUUUGACAAAGUGUGGGGUUGGGCUGACAAGCUGGGUGCACCAAUUAAUCGGCUCUCGAAUCGUAUUGGCAGUGAGGCAUUCUGGCCCACGACCCUGGACAAAGAGAGUGACAAAGCCGCCAGAAUUUUGAGAUCAUUUUGCAAGGAUGGCUUCUAUACCGAGGAGGAAAAACCAGCUGAUGGCGAACAGGCUGGGCCCAAGCAGAAGCAGCGCGUCUUGAAGAAAAUCCCACAAAAAGUGAUACAGAAUGCUGUCGGCCUCGCCAUCUUUACUACCAUGCGAACCGGUCUCUGGGUAUCUGGAGCCGGCGGAUCCGGAGUCCUCGUAGCCCGAAAUGAGGAGGAUGGUUCUUGGUCUCCUCCAUCUGGAAUCCUGCUGCACACAGCAGGUCUUGGCUUCCUAGUUGGAGUCGAUAUCUACGAUUGCGUCGUUGUCAUCAACAACCGAAAAGCCCUGGAUGCAUUCACUAAGAUCAGAGCAACUCUUGGAGGCGAGAUCAGUGCUGUUGCCGGACCCGUCGGAGCAGGCGGGGUGCUUGAGAACGAUGGCAAGUGGAAGCAGGCCAACAGACCAGUCUUCACCUAUCUGAAGUCAAGAGGAUUUUAUGCUGGAGUCCAAGUUGAUGGCACAGUCAUCAUUGAGAGAACAGACGAAAACGCUCGCUUUUACGGGCAGGAGGGUGUCAAAGUGGCAGACAUCCUAGCGGGCAAAACAAGUCGCCCUCCAGAAAUCAAGAUGCUCAUGGAGACGCUAAAGGCAGCCGAGGGCCGACAAGACGUCGACCAGCAAUUGAUGGAAGAGCUGGAAGGACAGCCUGCGCCAGGAGACGUCGAUGUUGAGGCUCCCGGUGAGGGAGCAGUCUUCGGUAUUCCGGACCCAGAAGAUCCCGAUCCGUACGGUGUUCUCGCCCUCGAGAAAGAAGGACUUGAGAUCCGUGACGCCGCAACCCACUCAAGGCCAUCAAGCCAAGCCUUCGAGUACAACCCCAGCCCCAACAGCCCCACGUACAAAAAGUUCUACAGAAGGAGUCUAGAAACCGGAACGAGGAGCAAUCGAGACAGCUAUGCCUCAACACCGAGCAGGACAUAUACGACAUCUGAAGCUAGUACGCAGACUGAACCUGUUUUGAUAACACCCAUAACGAGCACGACACCGGAGGAUAAGAGUUUGGCCCAUCCGGAAAAAAUCGAUGAUGACAAGUCAAGCAUCUACGAGGAUGUUCGGCUGGAGGAUGACUUCCGGUCGCCGUAUGAUGGAUCGUCACAGUCGCCUUAUACUACGGUUGAUAGCUUCAUCACACCACCACCUGGACCACCACCGCCGCUGCCCGCUAGAAGUCCUGUUGCGUAG